CCGCACAGCUCACCUCCAGCGUCCACGUUCAGGCUGAUGCCGGCAUGCACAGCUUUUUGUUUCAGGAGGUGAGGUGUGCAUAACGCUGGUGAAUCGUGCUAUUCGACCAAGCCUGGUGCGACUAGAGCGAGGCGGGUCCUCUAGUGGGCGUGCUGCCGCGAGACCAAUUUCGUGUGCCGGGAUCCCUGCACAUCAAAUCGAACCCCUAGCAACGUGCCCUCACCUUAAGAAUCUCGCAGCCCUUGGCCAUUUGUUGAGCUUUUCCUUAUUCCCUCUCCUCACACCGCUGUGCUUCAGACUUUUCACACAAGGUCGAGCCUGCUUUGCCUCUCGCCGUACCUGCCAGAGCAAGCUUCCCUUCCUUCCACUAAACUUUGUAAUCAAAACACCAAGCGUGCUCCUUCCCUACCUUGUCUUUUUCCCACGCCCGCCUCACGCACACCCUCCCCACACUCCCUCCACGCCCAAUAUACCCAAGAUGUCUGCCGAAGCACAAAAGCCCAUUGUUGCCCCUGAGGCCGCUCCUGCACCUGUUGAAUUUACACCCGUUGCCGUCUCAGAGGUCGCCGGCGAGAAGACCAUUGUCCCUGCGGCCGAGGCGCCCAAGGUCGAGGAGACACCCAAAGUCGAGGGCGACGCCGCCGUCGCUGCUCCCGUUGAGGAGAAGAAGGAGGAGGAGAAGGCUGAGGAGAAGGUCGUCGAGCCCAUCUACAGCGGUGCUCUGGGCUACAAGGCCCCUGGCCUGAAGAACGCUUUCCGCUUCGCUAAGAAGUACUUCUGGUUCGGCGAGGAGCCCGUCCCUGCUUCCAGCCUUGCUGAGUACCUGCGCGGCGAGAAGCCUGAGGUUGCGCACCCCACCGCUGCGUGGUCCAGCCAGACCGGAAAGGGUCUCUUCUUCUUCGUCAAGCACGCCGACAAGAAAGAGAGCCCUGCCGGUGUCUUGAACUUGGCGUAUGCUACCGACCUUGUCAAGGACGGAACCAUUGCUUUCGCAUUCAAGAUCCACGGCCACAAGCACACCUUCGAGGCUCAGACCCUGACUGAGCGCGAUGGCUGGUUCGUUGCCGUCGAGAAGGCCAUCGUCGAGGCUAAGGAGGCUAAAGAGGGCAUCGAGUCCAGCGAGGCUUACAAGGAGGAGAAGACCAAGCUUGGCAAGCCCACCACACUAGCGGGCGCUACCACUGCUGCCGCCGCCGCCCCCAAGAAGAGCGUCGACGCUACCAGGCCUGCCGAAACCGAGGCUCCAGUUACCGAGGCCACUGGCCCCGCCCGUGCUGGAUCCUCCUCCAGCAGCUCUUCCUCAGAUGCUGAAAAGAAGAACAAGAAGAAGGCUGCCAAGAGCAAGAGCCGCUCCGUUUCUCGCAAACGCGCCAGCAUCUUCGGUGGUCUCCUCGGCAAGAAGGACAAGGCCGAUGAGCACGUUGCUGAGCCUGAAGUCAAGAAGGAGUCUGCUGCUCCCCAGAUCGGCGAGACUUCCACCACUGCUCCCGUCAUCACUUCUGACAUCCCCAAGACCGGCGAUGAGCUGAAGGCUGAGCCUACUCCCACUCCCGUUGUUGCUGAGACCGCCGCCCCGGCCCCUGUUGAGACCGAGACUGCUGUUCCCGUCGUCGCUCCUGCUCCCGUUGAGAAGGACGAGAAGACCGUUGAGAAGCCCAAGCCCACCAAGCGUGGUUCCAUCUUCGGUUCCUUCUUCGAGAAGGUCAAGAGUCCUUCUCACGAGAAGAAGGAGGCCGAUCUCAUCCCCGUUGCUGCCCCCAAGGAGGCUACCAAGGACACCAUCGUUGUCCCUGAGGCUCAGAAGCCUGUUGAGGAGACACCCGUUGUUGCUCCCGCAGCUGAGACCACCGAGGCUCCUCUCACUGAGGCCAAGCUCGAUGCCCCCAAGACCGAGGCUGCUAAGCCCGUGACCCCCGUCAAGGAGAAGGAGCACUUCUCUUUCGGCAAGUUCUUUGGCAACAAGGAGAAGGCUAAGUCUCCCGCCGUUGAGACUGCUCCUACCCUCUCCCAGACCGAGCAGGCACCCAAGGUCGAAGAGACACCCGCUCCAGUCGUUGCUAACGGUGUCGAGCCCGCUGUUCCUAUCGCCGAGACCACCGCCGCUCCUGUUGAGGAGAAGAAGGAGGAGACUCCUGCCGUCCCCAAGAAGGAGAAGAGGAGCAGCAUCUUCGGCUCCCUCGCCCGCACUGUCUCCAAGGCCGGAGGCAAGAAGGAGCCCAAGGAGAAGAAGGAGAACGCCACUCCUGCCACCGUGCAGGAGUCUGCUGAGCCCGCCGAUAAGGUCGAGGUUCCCACCGUCGCUGAGAAGAAGGAGGAGACAACCGUUGUCCCUGCUCAGCAGUCCACCAUUGGUGAUGUCACCUCUGAGUCCGUCAACGUUGGUGAGGCUUCGAAAAGCAGCGCACCUGAUCCUCCUAACGUCGCUCAUCUCGAUGCCUCGUCGCGCAACCUCAAUGCGCCGUCCUCACGACGCACAUCUGUGCCUUCCUCUCGAGGAUCGUUUCUAGGGCGCCCUCCACCAGCGGCGCCUUCCCCUUCAAGCGCUCUAUUCCCAUCAAGCGUUCGCCUGAACCAACCUCUCAUGCCCAUCCCUGAUGAACAGCGCUCCAUACUCCCUAACACACUUGCCUCGCCCACGACCGCUAAGAGCAGACGCCGCGUUAAGCCGCUUACAGAUUCGUCAAAUCAGGCCUGGACACGAGCGCGACUCGAGAAGGAGCGCAGAGACUGGUGGGAUACACGAGUUACAGGCGACACACAGGUGUGGCAAGGUCUUCGCGCUGCGACAGAGGCCCUGCACGAGGGUGAUGUUGCAACUGCACAAGGCUUGCUUGAUGCUCAAGGAUGUACCUGCCCGACUGGCCAGCUUUGGAGCAAGGUCUACGAUGAUAGGGGCAACGAGUAUAAGGUGCCUGAGUGGCUAGUCAUCGAGCCCGCUGGUAUUGUGGAAGAGGAGGAGGUUCCGGCGACUGAGGACAAGACCAACGAUGCCACUGAAACCGAAGACUCGGAGCCAGAUCGUGAGUUCGUCGUGCGCGCACGAGUCAGCGAGAGGUCGCAAGAUUUCCUGGUCACAGUGCGGAGACGAGAGCACAUUGCGUCCAUUCGUGGGAAGCUUAAGACGCAAGCACAGUUGGACGAUGACCAGAAGUUCCUACUCGUGUACAACGGACGUGUGUACGCAGAUCACGAGAUUCUUGAAAGCAACGGGUACUGGAACUACGAUAACGACUACGUUAUCUCGUGUUUCGUUCCUCCGAAAGACUCCAUUUCAUCAUAGCGUGUCUUAUGCCAACAGUGCAAGGCCCUGCUAGUCAUACAGGGUAACACAUCUACCUUGGCAGUUUGUGAGUCUUGUCGACGUGAGCGUCAAAUGUUGAAUUCCAGCCCCGAUCCGCUCGUUCCUCUCGACGCCAUCGAGGAAUGAUAGUUACUUGAUACCCUUUUCUUUUGUCGCUUCCACGCCGUUGAAGGGCUGGCGGCGUUUUGUCUUACUUCACUCAUCAUGUGCAAUGUAUCCCUCUACUGUAGUAAAAUUAAUGCAUAAUCACAUUGCCAUGGCACACUCGUGUACGAAGAAGUUCUUUUAUCUUUGAAAGAUCUCUCGAGGCAAUCCUCCAACUUUGAAUGUCAUAAUCUCGCAAAAAGCUUUAGCAGCUGUCGUACAGUCUUACAAAACAGCUUUCCGAUACUUGAAACCUACAGCCUUGUGGAGCGCAC